AUGACAAAUGGUGAGUCAGGGCGUGCCAAAGGAAAAGUAAAAUAUGUAACAAAGAAGUUUUAAAUAAGAAUCAAUAAAUUACACUGAAAUCGUUAAACAAUAUAGAAGGUACUAUGAAAAACCCAUAUAGUAAAGAUAAAAUGACAAUUAGAAUAUUUUAGGUCAGGUUCUGACUGAAUGUCUUACAAAUCAUAUCAAAUGACAAAGACAAAUAUUAAAACAGCUGAUUAUUGAACUUGUCAUAUUUGUUUAUUUGAUUGCUUAUGGUUUUCCAGAAUUAGGAUCAUUAUAAUCUCAUUUGAUUUCGUCACAAAUGGUCACAAAGGGUGAAAUAUCAAGUGCAUUUCUAUUAAAUUUUUCAAAUGACAGAAAGUCUAGGUUGACAAACUCUUCCUAAAAUUAUGGCAGGUAUUUCUUGUUCAGGUUUUACUUUUUAUAAUGAAUUUGAUUCCGCAAAUUUGGCCAAAGUAGAACAUGUCCCAGGCCCAAGCCAUGAAACUGCUUCAAAACAUCCCAAAAAUGCUUUGGUGCAGGAAAUUAUUGAUGCUGAGUUUAAUCUUUGGACAAAACCUGACUGCUAUGGCACUGAAUUUGAGAAUGGGAAUAGGACUUGGUUUUAUUUCGGUGUAAAAGCUCCAGGCCCUGCCAUGUUAGUAAAAUUCAACAUUGUUGAUUUAAAUCGACAAGGAAAAAUGUAUAGUCAAGGAAUGGCUCCUGUAUAUAGAAUAGUACCAGGUAAACCAAGAUGGGAAAGGAUAUUCGACAAACCUACACAUUGUCUUAGUGACGACAUAUUCACCCUCAGUUUUAAAUUUCGAACCCCUGAUAAUGUAGAUAGCAUAGUAUAUUUUGCGUUUACUUACCCUUUUUCGGUAACAGAGCUAGAAAAGAUGUUGACCAACGUAGAUAGCAAGUAUCUACAUGUCAAACACGUCGCUGAUGAUGAUAUAUACUAUGUUAGAGAAACUGUGUGUCAUUCUUGUGAUGGAAAACCUAUAGAUCUAAUAACACUAUCGUCAUACCAUGGGAUUUCAAAAGAAAGGGAAGAGAAAUUGAAACAUUUGUUUAAUAAAAGUACAGUUCCUAGGCCGUUUAAAUUUCCCGGAAAAAAGGUAAUAUUUGUAUCUGCCAGAGUUCACCCAGGCGAGACACCUUCUAGUUUCGUAUUUAAUGGUCUGUUGAGUUUGCUGUUAAGUAAAGACGAUUUGAUAGCACAGACUUUACGUAAAAUGUAUGUAUUCAAACUGAUACCAUUUCUAAAUCCAGACGGCGUCUCAAGAGGUCAUUAUCGAACUGAUAGUCGUGGGGUGAAUUUAAAUAGGGUUUAUCUAAAUCCUAGUUUAACUGAUCAUCCUUCCGUAUAUGCUGCUAGGGCUUUAAUAAGGUUUUACCAUUUUGGCUACGAAAAAGAAGACUAUAUCCCGAAAUGUGAUAAUUGCAAAACAUGUUUGCCAGGUUCCCAAACAGAAGGGACGGAGAAUGACGUUAAAGACGAUGCCAUAAGAAAAAAAGUCUCUCGAAUAUCUUUAAACGAAGACAAUAUCCCUCAAACGUGGUGCACAAAAUGGCACAAUUUUUGUAGAAACUGCGGAACACAACUACAACACACACCGAGUAAAGAAGAAGUACAGUUCGAGAAGGUAGUAGUAGGAGCCCAUGGUGAUAUAAAUUCGAAUGAGUCCGGCCUCUUUUUGUAUAUUGAUUUGCACGGGCACGCGUCGAAGAAAGGUAUCUUUAUGUAUGGCAACCAUUUCGACGAUAUUGACAGGAACGUGGAGUGCAUGUUGUUACCCAAGUUGAUGAGUAUGAAUAACCACAAUUUCCACUUUCAUGCGUGUAAUUUUACGGAGAGAAAUAUGUACCUGAAGGAUAAAAGAGAUGGAAUGAGUAGAGCUGGUUCCGGUAGAGUGGCUGUAUUAUCGUUGACUGGAAUCAUUAAAAGUUAUACCCUCGAAUGUAAUUACAAUACUGGCAGACUGGUUAAUAUUCUACCUCCUACAAUUAGGGAACCUCACGGAAGAAUGCACACUAUUCCUGUACCACCCAAGUAUACACCACAAAUAUUUGAAGAGGUGGGCAGGUCACUGGGUGCUUCAAUCUUAGACCUUACCGGUAACAAUCCUUUCACAAGACUGCCAAACUCAGAAUUUCACAGCUUAUCCGGCCUCAGAGAUUGGCUAAGAACAAUGUCCCGAGAACUGAACGAAACUCGUCCGAAGAAGGGCAAAAUCGGCGGCAGUUUAACUCAGGCUAAAUCGACACGUACCAUCUUCAAGAAUAGAACUUCAAUUCCUAAACCAAUCCCGAAAAAACCGAAGUCGAGAAGUGCACCCAUACCUCUCGAUAGAAAAGAAAAUCUCGCCCAACCCGGUUCCUCAAAGUCGGGGAUAAAAGUCAACAAACAACCCUUCAAAGCAAAAACUAGGAAAGAGCUAACUUUAAAGUCAAAAAAUUCCACAGAAAAAGUAAAACCCAUCAAUAAAGGAAUCAAGAAACCAGCCGGAAUAGAGGCAAGUAAUCGUUCUAAGGGUAAACUCGAAACUAGCACCCAAAUCCCGACACCUGUCCAAUCAGAUAAGGCCAAAGAGGAAGGAGUGCACCUGCGAGAAAUUUGCUUCAUUAACAACAGCGAAGGAAAAGCAGUUAUAGCGAAGUAUGAAAAUAACGACAAAUUCGACGACAGCCUCGUUGUAGCAUGGGAGAAAAACUCCACACAUCCCCAACUGUACACCCGAAAAGCUCGUGUUUUCUCAGCUCCACCCUACCAUCUUCCCAACAAAUCCUUUUCUGAGCCGGGUACCAGCAAACAAGGAGGGGGUUUUAGGGUACACAAUUUCGCCAAAACUAAAGCUAGAAAAAAUUUGAGGCGGCUGGCUAGUGCCGCUGAUAUUCUAGCUAAGGUCGAUAAAAAGAAAAAGAAGAAAUUGAAGGCUAAGUAGGAAAAUAUUGUAAAUGGACUAAUUUGUAAUUUAGAAUGACUGUCUCGAAACAAUUUUCAUUAUAUACUGUAAAAAUAAAUGAAUAUCGGUAUG